AUGUCCAACAGGGGAGACUAGGCCUGGCCGGAGAUGUGCCCCAAGGGCUCCUACACCAGUGGCGUCAGUUUCAAGGUAGAGCCACCCCAGGGUGUGAUGGAGGACGACACGGCACUCAAUGGGAUUUGGCUGCACUGCUCCUGUGGUGGGGACCCCAGUGGCGGCUACACAGCUGAGUCCCAGUGUGGCAAGCCACCCCAGCGCGGGCUCCUGAGCGAUGAAGUGGCCACCACCAGCGCCCACUUUGCCUACUCUGAUGGGCACGUACUGGAGGGGCCGGGGUCUGCCUGGGGCCAGUGGGGCGGCUGGAGCCCCCAGUGCCCCAGGGCAGCAUGUGGCAUCCAGACACAGCAGGAUCCUGCACGGGGCCUGAAGGGGGAUGACAUGGCCCUGAAUGAUCUGCGUCUCUUCUGCCCUUAACGAACACUGGCAACCCCCUGCAGAGCACCCAAUGCCAUGACCCAGCCCCACAGCAAAGCCUGUGCCCCGGGGUCCACUUUCCUAGGACCCCACAUCCACUGGCAGAUGCCUUAGCCCUGGUACCCUCAGGGGGCACCUUCCCCUCAUUCCCAUGGGCUCCAUCAUUGCAUAUGUGCUGCUGCCAGCCCCCCAACACUUACCCUGGUUCUGAGAGAUGCUCCCAAGUCCUUUCUGCCCCCACCCAGACUUCCAGAUAUUCCCCAGAAUCUCCAGGACUGUCCCUGUCCUACCCUGAAAUAAGCUUCUGGUAAAAGCAUGCUCCGUCGUUGGGAGAGGGCAAACCAGGGCAGCGGGGCGGAGAAGCAGGGAGCUGCGGCUGGCCCUGCCAGGGCACGAGGAUGCAACCCCCACCUAAGGCGGUAACCAAGAAGUUGCAGCUGGACCCUCCUCAAAGGGCAAAAGGAUGGAAGGCUGCAGGCACUGGAGGAAAUCCUCUAGUGUGUCCCCUGCUCCGGGCACAGAUCCCCAGCUGUGCCCCCAGCUUGGGGCAGGGAGGAAAAAGAGCCCCAGGGCCAGGCACCACUGGGAGUCGAACCCAGGAUCUCCUGUUUACUAGACAGGCGCUUUAACCAGCUGAGCCAUGGCACCUGCCUGCCCCACUGCCAUGGGGUGCCCCACAGCCAUGGGAUGUGCCACAGCCACUGCCUCUGUCCCCAUCCUGCUGCCACCCAGACACCAGGGUCACCUGUAAGACCAAUGGGCCUGGGCACAGGGUUGGGAAUCCAGGGACGAGGGACAGUCCUGUGUGUCACGCUAAGCUCAAAGCUGCCAGCAACUGCGGGGUGUUUCUGGGAGAUAAAAGUCAACGGCCGGGUUGCAAAUGAGCUCUGCACCAGCCAGGUGGGA